CGCCGAAAGAGGGAAGGAUAGAAAACUAGAGAGAGAGGCGGAGAGAGAGAGGAAAACAUUUCUCCCGAUCUGAUCCCGCCAUAGUUUUUCCCACUCUUCUGCCAUAGACCCAUCAUCAGACCCAGUCCAACCCACCUCCUCCACAGCGCGAUAGAGGCUAUAGGCUGCUGCUUUAUUCGUCUGUUGGGGCCGGCUGCAAGUCAGGGGGUUUCAUUUCUUCUCCUGCUCCACUUAUUCAACUGGAUUUACAGCAAUAUUCAACGUUACCACCUGAUUCUACUUUUUUACAUUUUUUUUAUUUGAAUUUGUCAUCGUGAAUUCAAAUUUAUUUCGUACUUUUGUCCUCUAGCGUGAUUUACACUUUCUGUUUGAGUGGCAAGUGUGACAAUAUCUUGUUGCGCUAUUAGCACAUUCAGCAGAAACUUUUUGCUGGCUCCAAUCUUUAGUUAUUCUGGGCUUUGUUUUUUGUUUUCUUUUUUUGGGCUCGGGAAAACAAUUUCCACAAUGCACAAGCUAUACAUUGGGAAUCUAGGCGAAAGCGUGACUGCCGAGGACUUAGGAAAAACCUUUGACGAACACAAGAUCCCAUACACCGGACAGUUUCUAAUGAAAACCGGCUAUGCGUUUGUGGAUUGUCCGGACGAUCACUGGGCCAUGAAGGCUAUCGAGACAUUUUCUGGUAAAGUGGAACUUCAUGGGAAACGUAUUGAGGUCGAACACUCCGUCCCCAAGAAGCAAAGAACCAGGAAACUCCAGAUCAGAAACAUUCCACCUCACCUGCAGUGGGAGGUGCUGGAUGGACUCUUGGGCCAGUGUGGAACCGUAGAAAACUGUGAACAAGUCAACACAGAUAGUGAGACCGCAGUGGUUAAUGUUACCUAUGCAACCCGCGAACAAGCCAGGCAAGCCAUCCAGAAGCUGAAUGGAUACCAGUUUGAAAACAAUGCCCUGCGUGUCUCCUACAUCCCCGAUGAAACCUCUGAACUGGAGGGAGGCCAGCGGGGGCCUGAUAACGGCCGGCGACCUGGCUACGGGCCCCGGGGCGGACCCCGCGGUGGGUCCCCAAAUUCUGGGAUGCCCUCCAAACCUCCACAUGCCGACAUCCCUCUGAGACUGCUGGUGCCCACACAGUACGUUGGCGCAAUCAUCGGCAAGGAAGGAGCCACCAUUCGUAACAUCACCAAGCAGACACAGAGCAAGAUUGACGUCCACCGCAAGGAGAAUGCGGGUGCUGCUGAGAAGCCCAUCAGCAUUCACUCUACCCCUGAGGGCUGCUCAGCUGCCUGUCGCAUGAUCCUGGACAUCAUGCACCAGGAGGCCAAAGACACUAAGACUGCUGAUGAGGUCCCUCUGAAGAUCAUGGCUCACAACAACUUUGUUGGGCGGCUGAUUGGGAAAGAGGGACGCAACCUGAAGAAAAUUGAGCAGGACACGGAUACCAAGAUCACCAUUUCCCCUCUCCAGGACCUGACGCUGUAUAAUCCAGAGAGAACCAUCACAGUUAAAGGCUCCAUCGAAGCCUGCUGUCAGGCUGAGGUGGAGAUCAUGAAGAAGGUCAGGGAGGCUUACGAGAACGACAUCGCAGCGAUGAAUCAACAGACACAUCUGAUCCCUGGCCUUAACCUGGGUGCUCUGGGCCUUUUCCCUUCUUCCUCCAAUAUGCCCCCACCACCACCUGGAAAUGCAGUUGGUGGCACCCCCUACGGCUGCUUUGGGGCUCCAGAACAGGAGACGGUCCAUGUUUACAUCCCAGCACAGGCGGUGGGAGCAAUCAUUGGAAAGAAAGGACAGCACAUCAAACAGCUGAGCCGCUUUGCUGGAGCCUCCAUUAAGAUUGCACCAGCUGAAUCUCCAGACUCCAAAAUGAGGAUGGUGAUUGUGACAGGACCCCCUGAGGCUCAGUUUAAGGCUCAGGGCAGAAUCUAUGGCAAACUGAAGGAAGAGAACUUCUUUGGGCCAAAGGAAGAAGUCAAACUUGAGACUCACAUCAAGAUGGCAGCUGCUGCUGCAGGAAGAGUGAUUGGCAAGGGAGGCAAGACGGUGAACGAGCUGCAAAACCUGACAGCAGCUGAGGUGGUGGUUCCCAGAGAACAGACACCUGAUGAAAACGACCAGGUCAUCGUCAAGAUCAAUGGGCAUUUCUAUGCUAGCCAGCUGGCCCAGAGAAAGAUCAGAGACAUUCUGACCCAGGUCAAACAGACACAGAAAAGCGGAGUUGGCAUGGGCCCUGGCCCUCACUCGCCGGGCUUCACAGAGAUGGGCAGACCUACGCAGGGACUGACUCAGGACCACCAGCCACGCAGGAAGUGAGGGGUCCCCGCACCCUUCUCACAUGCCGCGGGCCCCCUGCCUAACGGAAGGACAGACAGACAAAUGCACGAACGGAUAGACGGACGGAUACAUGAGAGCGACACACGGACCCAGCGAGAGACAGGGAGAGAUAUAAAGAGGGAGAGAGUACGCCCAAUAAUCACAGAGAAAGACAAAGAACAAAGACGAGUGAAAUCAAAAAGAUGAAACAAAUAAUAAAAACAGGAUUAAGAAAAAAGAAACAGAACAGAGAUCAGAUUCCAGGCCAGAAGAGAAACUGAGUGAGGAUGGUGGGAUUGAGGGUAAGGAGGAACAUGGAGAGAGAGGGUAUAGUUUCCUCCUAGUGUGCCUCGGUAUGGCUGCUGCCAGCUCCUCAUCUGCUCUAACUUUAUGGGAUCCCACCCAGAUAAGUCGAAACAACAUGGCCGACUUUAUUCUCCAUGUAUGGAUGAAGCAACGCUAUGGUGGGUUCCGAUUUAUAGCAGAUCUGCGUUUCCCAGGCACACUAGCAGGUGCCUUCUUGUCCUAUCGCCUCCAAGAGACCUCUCCAACCAUCUGCAGUCAGUCCUAUAUUUUAAAGGUGGUUUUUUUUUAACAUAGAGAUAUAUGUAUAGAAAUGUUUUAUUCAGAGCUAUUAUUAAUAGAAUGCAGUGAGGUGGAGCUGGGAGAAGGAACAGGGGAACUGCUGUAGUGGCACAGGAGGAUAGGUGCGGGGUCUGGCACUGCCUCGCCCGCCCCUAACCUACUGGCCAAAUGAGAGCGUAGAAGAGGGGCCGCAGAUGUUAACACUGCUCUUUUAAAACCUUUCAGGAUAGUAGAGAGAUUAAAAGGAAAAAAGAGAAAAUAUGAGGUUGUAAAUAUAUAAUCUUCAUGUAAAUGUAAAAAAAAAAAAAAAAAAAAAGCUGCGCCUGGCCGCCUUGCCUUUCCUCUUUAAAAAAAAAACGAGGACGUCUUCUCUAUUUUUCUUAGUCCCUUGCCUGUACUGUGUAGCAUCAUUUAGCCUACAAUAAGGCUCGGGGCUGGGGAGGCACUGAAGAUGCCCUUCCAAUAUUUAGCUAUGUGGCGGAAGGCGCGGCAAGAGACAGUAACGGGAGUGGAGGUCGCAGCUGGUCCUGCAGUUCUAUUGCAGCGGCUUAGCUCACGUGUUAGAUUAAAAAAACAAAAAAACAACUGCCAGCAGCUGUGCUCGCUGGCGAGCGACCUGCACCCCAAACGGCAUAUUUUAUAUAUAUUAUAUAUAUAUGAUAUGUGAGUUAGCCCGGCCCCUGGUGUGAAUGUAUUGACGGCUUCGCUUAACAAGUAUGAGUAAGUGUGUCAGCGACAGACAUUAUGCUCAUUACGUUUGUGCAGAAAGUCAAGGUCAGUCUCGGACGGAGAGUCGGGUGCUUCAGCCAUCCCUGCGUUUUUUCUCUUAAAUAAAAAUGCCUUUAAUGUCUGCAGUGAUGAAGGCAGUCCGAGGCUGAUCUUGGUCGAGCACGAAAAGCAAAGUCUUCCAAAGCUCCUUGCCUUGAGCUCAGCAAUGGUAAUGUCGUUAUGAAGGGAGCAGCUUCCUCGUUCUCUCUCCCUGUCUGCUGAAGGCCUGUGGGCGGAGCCUCCAGACCCUGCCUGCGUAUGAUAAUGAGGGGCGGGGUCGAUGCUUGGACGCUCUCGCCAAGAUUAGAACAGAUUAGAAAAGAAAAAGAAAAAACCUACCUCAGGGUAAAGUUACCUCAGUAUUCCUUUUUUUGCUUGCUGGUCUUCUAUAUAAUAGGAAAAAAAUUGCUGAGAGUCCUGAAUAUUUUUUUAUUUUUUUAAGAAAAAUUAUUUUUUUUUCUUUUUAGGUAUUGAGUUAUGGCUUUGGUAGUUUUUUUUUUCUUCCUUUUUUGUGUUUUCUGGUGUGAUGGUUGAAUGAGUUCAGGAUGACAAAGAUGCUGUUUUCUUUUUUCCUAAGUGGAGAGAGAUCGGUCUGCUGGUGUAGAGAAGAAACGGGUCCCAUUUUUCCAUCUUUUGGGGGGAAACAUGCUCGGUCUUCCUGACGUGUGAGUGGAGCCUCUGUAGUCUGAAACAGAGAAAUGGCCAAAAGGGAGUUAUGUUUAACUCGAGAGAGGAUCCUCAAGUGCACAUGGUGACCAAGCUCGCCACCGGGGUAAUCGGAUAACCUUUGUGUCAUACCCCGUUCCUGUGGCUUCUGGCCUGCCGUGUGCCCUGAAAUACCCUCCUCUCCUCGUCUUAUUUUGACGACAUUGCCACGAAGCGCCAAACAUUAUGAGACUGCUUUACAGACCUGCAAUAUUGGCAUAUGAAAAUGCGACCUUUCUCACCUGGAGGUUGGGACUUUAAAUAUUAGCGGUCCACCUACAGAGUAGCUGUACUGUGUCAGGUGUUUUACUUACACACAGGAACUAGCUCGGACUUCUCUGAAUGUGAAUAUUUAUUACCUGUGCACUGACCGUGCCACCUCAGAUGCUCCCUGUUGGCUACACGUGUGCUUGUUGUGUGUAUGUGUGAAUGCAGGCACGUCUGUGUUCGCUGGUUUUAAAUGUUCCUUUUUUUAAAGUCAGGGGAUGUGUUUGGGUGAUGUGGUUGAGGAAAAAAUAAGCAGAUAAAAGUAGGAUGAGAACCCAGUGGAGAAAAUCCACAAAUCUUUUAGAGGAAAAAGAUGGGAGCUACAGCAACGCAGCUGGGAUAAUAUUCUAACCUGUACAUAACAUGUUCGAAAUGUGAUCUCUAACCUUUUGUACUUUUGAAGAAAAAAACCUUAAAAAUCAAAGUGGGAAAGAACCAUCAGACAGAAAGGUUGCGCUUAGCCAAGUUGCGGAAGGACACUGCCAAAUAACUGUCUUUUUAAUGUCUUACCUGUGCUUGGUACAAGCUUAAUCGGCUACCCCACCAGCUCAUCCACAAACAGGGAAAAAUCUAUUCCACCUCGUCUGCGCUUGUAUUUUUGCCCAGAGGCGCUAACGUCACAGCUCGACUCUGUUAAGUUUCCACCUCUUUCUAAACCACAGCGCUCCGUUCACAGCCACCAACAUGCUAUUCAGGAUUCAUCCCUCAGCCUGCGGGCUUCUGGAGUGGUUCGAACGACAUUUUUUUAUUUUUCAUUCUUAUUUAGUACAGCAAGCUUUGUUUGGAAGUGACAUCUGGGGACGUACUGUUGCACUAAUCGAUUAAAUAUUUCAGCAAACAACUGAGAACAUCUGAUGCAAAUCUAAAAAAACAAAAACAGUGGAUGGUGAGGAGUCAGUUUUCUCCCUUCUUGCUCUUUCACACCACGUUUUCAUGCUUUGUCGUUGCUCUUCUGUCCUCUGGUAGAAGAGUGAUUUUGGAGUGGGCGGGAAUGUAAGGGUCCCUUGCCCUCUCUUGCGCUGGUCUCCAUUGUGUUCGUUUUGCUCGCUUCUGUUCAAAAACGUUUUUCUUUAUUUUUCCCAGAAUCCACACUCUGAGUCUUUAUUGGAAAAUAGUUGAAUUUCACCCCAUCUUAUUGUUUAGCUUUUUUUAAUGCAGAAAUCUACAGCUACUUAAUGAGACGAAGUACUAACAUGUAGCUCAGUAUGUCACAGUGACUGUGCCAAACAAACAGGAAGGGGCGGAGUCCAAAAUGCAGUAUAGAGCCACGUUAAGCAAAUGAGCUCACUGAGAAGGACUUGAAGUAUUUUAGAACUCAGGUGAAGUUUCACCUGAACCCUUCUUGUCUCGUUACGAUAGAGAGACGACAGUACAGUUUAAACUGAGGCGCGCCCGUGCCGCUCGCCACGCCCCCGUGCCGCUCGCCACGCCCGCUCUGUAAGUAAGAAUGUAGAAAGAAUGGCUCACACAAAUUGCAGCCGGAGACAGAGACAAAAAUCAUUUAUUUCUUCAUUUUCAUCUGGUUUUCCUCUCUGUUCUGUUUUUUUUAUUGCAAUUUGAGUGAUUGAGCCAAUAAGUUGUAUCAGCUAGUGGACAGAGUUUGGUAGUGAGAGGUGCCACGUGGUAUAAAAACAGUAUCAUUGCCAGCACGCUAACAUUUGAGUUAAAACCAACACGGUUUCUAACAUUGUUUAAAGGACCAUACCAGUGUUUCAGACAUGUUUACCUGUUGCUUGUGUGCUUGUUAUGGCUGACCAUUUUCUACAACGUUUCCCCACUGGUUUCAUUUCACUUUGAUAUAGAGCUCCAAGAAGAAAGGCAAACCUACUGACAAACAGUUAUUUGGGGCAUCCAAAAACAUCCUCUCAUAAGUCUAAUAUUCAUAACAGUCCCUGUUCUUGUUAUGACUUCUGGGAGAAGGUUUAGCUGUUUGCGCCACCUUUGCCCGUCUCUUGAGCAAGUAGAUGGUGAAACCUCAUGUGGCUUGUAUGAAUUAGUCACUGAUGUCAUUUUGUAACCUAUAAAAGAUUCAGCCCUAAUAUUGGUUCCAAAGUCACAUAUUUUCACAACUUACCAGAGCCAGAAUUUUGCUUUUGUUGCUACGCGAUCACAAAGUUGAUGCUGUGGGCCAAAAAAGCAAAACUGUGAGCUGAAAGAAGCUAAAAUGCUCCUGGUGAUGAGUCUUGGCUGUGUCACACGUAGUUAUUUGAGUUACGCCUGUCGUACUUUAAACCCGGCAUGCUUUAGAACAUGGUCAGCACUGAUGAGAAGCACACGCAGUAAACUGGCAAAACAGAUCCUGACUGGUAUUGCCCCUUUCCGACCGAAAGGAAAUUCCGACUUGAGUAAACUUAUCUUACCUGAUCAAAAAACAGACAAAAGACGCACACACACGCACACACACGCACACACACGCGCACAUACACAUACUGACUCCAGGAUGGGCAGAGUUUGCUCUAAAACAGCACAAACUCCUCCAUGUUGUGUCCCUAACACUUCCCCACCUCUUACCCCUCUGUCCGUCAGCAGGAAUGGGGCUUUGACAAUUCAGAAACAGAAUCUGACAGAGGGACUCCUUUCCCAAGAAGGAAACACAAACAAACAAACAAACAAACAAACAAACAAACAAAC